AAGACUUGCUGUUGGAAGCAAAUAAUCCAUGGACUUACAUUACCUGCUUCUCAAGGUCUGUUUUCUUGAAAGGAUUCAAUCUGGCUGCCUCUUUCAGGUUAGCGAGCGCGGUGUUCAACUGUCGGGAGGACAAAAGCAACGCAUCGCGAUUGCAAGAGCCAUCCUGAGAAAACCAAGGAUUCUUCUACUUGAUGAAGCAACUAGUGCAGUGGACGCAUCCUCAGAAAGGUUGGUGCAAGAGGCGCUGGACAAAGUGGUUGUCGGCCGAACCACAGUCAGCGUUGCCCAUCGCCUAUCAACUGUCCGCAACGCAAACAUCAUCGCCGUUGUUCAAGAAGGUACCAUAGUGGAGAUGGGGGAUCAUCAAAGUUUACUGGAGAAGCAGGGCGCCUAUUUCUCCCUCUUCCAACUCCAAGGGAAUCAGAUGGGCAAACCCAGCGACACAUUUAGCAAUAGUUCCUCCCCAACUGAUUCAAAUUUGUAUAAUGCUAAAAAAUGUGGUUCUGCGUUGCCAAUCUCUCGAGUGACUGAAUGGGCGAUGGCCGCCUUCCCACCUUCAAACCGGGAGAUGACCCUGUGGCGCGUUAUCAAAUUGAACAGACCAGAGUGGUGCUAGGGGAUUUUCGGUGCCCUUGGGUCAGUUAUCGCU